UAAGAGCUCGGACGGGCACCGAGAUCGGGCGGGGCGUUCUCGCUUACUGGGGCACGGCAGUGACGUAUUUUCAUGGAGACGGGCGGGCGGGCACUUUUCCCAAAAACACCGCGGCUCGGGCGUUCCCUUCACUAUGGAGACGCGGGCGGGGCGAUGACGAGAUUUGUAGGCGCCGGCAAGGCCCUGACGGUUGAGCCUAGGUCCGGGACAUGGAGCUCCAGGAGCUGGUUCGAAGAGUGACUAUGCUGCAGGCUUGCGUGAGGGGCCGCCAGACCCGGAGGCGGCUGCGGAGCUUGAGAGCCGAGUACGAGGAGGUGGUGCGGCAGGUGGAGGGCGAGCUGGGCGGGCAGCUGCGCUGGGUAGGACGCUGGCUUCCCAGGCCCGUUUUCUCCCCGGAGACCCCCCGGAAAAGGACCCUCGGCCUCGGGGCAGGAGGAGACAGCGGCCCGGGACCCGCUCAGGAGCGCCCCAGCAGACUACGGGGUGAAGAGCCAGAGAGAGAUGGAGGCUGGAGGGAAGGGAAGGGGUCCGAGCAGGGAGCUGGUCCUGGCCCUCAGCACGGCCUCCUGAUGGAGGCUGGUGACACGGCGCUGACAAGGAACCCAGAGGCCCUGGAGCUGACCCUGCCCUCCCAACCUGCCCACCUCCAGAGACUUCGAAGACAUCUGGCCAUGGAAAUGCUCUGGCUACAGCAGGCCAUUGUCAGUCGGAAGAAGUAUCUGCUUCUCAGACAAACACUGGAUCUCCCAGAAGAUUAGCUGGAGAGAGCUUUGCCUCAAGCAAUGGGACCAGCAGAACGCCAUCAACUGAGUGACCUGAGAGAACUGGGCUACUGCCUAAGCUGGGGAGCAUAUACUGCUAGGAAGGGCCUCACCAUGUGUCCCUCCUGGAGACCCCUCCAGUAGGGCACGACUUUGGCCUUGCCCUCCAGACUGAUUGCAGCUCUGUACACCAGGACCUCUCUUUCUCCAUCCCCUGGCUCCAGGGGCCAGACUGGUAUCAAAAAUUUCUGAGCCUCAAUACUACAGACCCAAUACUGUUGGGAAUAGGUGGGCCUGGGGCUGGGCCAAGGUGUAGCAACUCUACACCUGGAGAGAGGUGGAGUCUCUUUUAUCAGCCCACAAUCCUGCCUCCCAGCACCAGGCCUGAGGUUGGAUAGAACCUGCUUCAGAGGGCUUCCUUUGAGUAGACUGUAGACCUGGCCAUUCUGGCCAGAAAACAGGGACUUGGUGAGAAGUAGAGGGCAAAGUAAGAGAAUCAGGUCACGGGGUUAUUGGAGGA